ACUUAUUCCGAUAUAAUCGAUACCACGCGAAUUUCGUGAAAUAAUUUUAUUGAUUCUAUUUUGGCUAAUUUUUUGGCUAAACAGCAGGAGCACAGCGUUGCACGUGUGUUCACCUGUCCGCCGGCACCGUCCUGGCCAUAGAAGUCGGUGCGGUACCACUGGAUUCAUUGGAUACACUGGCACCACUGUGGACCACUUUGGACCACCACCGCCAGCUUCGGAGUUUUGCCCCCUCCAUUUGCGAAGGAGCCCCGGAAAAUGGUGGACGCCGCCCGGCAGAUGCUCGACGAGCUGAUGGGCAGGAAUCGCAACCUGCAUCCCUCGGAGGCUGGCGCCAAGGUCAAUUGGGAGGACCCGGAGUUCUGCCAGUUCUACAACGUUAAGUUCUGUCCGCACGAUCUAUUCAUAAAUACACGCGCAGAUCUGGGUCCCUGUGCCCGCAUCCACGACGAGGAAGCCCGACAUCUCUACGAGGAUGCUCGACCCUCGCAGCGGAAGCGCCAGUACGAGGAUGAGUUCCUGCGCUUUUGCAAUGUUAUGCUGCACGAUGUGGAUCGAAAGAUCCAGAAGGGUAAACAGCGUUUGCUGCUAAUGCAAAGAGAUCAGCCCAAUGUACCGGCACCACUGAGCAGACACCAGGAGCAGCUGGCGAAUCUGACGGCCAGGAUCAAUAAGCUGCUCUCGGAGGCAGAGGAAGCCGGCAUUCGGGGCGACGUGGACCAGGCCCAGGAUCUGAUGACCCUGUGCGAGGAGCUCAAGGAGGAGAAGGAGCAGUUGGUACAGCAAUACGAGGCCAAUCACAAGGCCAUCAACAGCAUCAGCCUGACCAAGUCAGCGGAGGACGAGCUGCAUCAGCAGCCGCGCAGCAGUCCGGUCACAAAUCCCAGCGAAGAAGCUGCAACCACUCCUCUUCCAGCCGCCACCACGCCAGAUGAAGCGCCGGAUGCAGCUCCAAGUUCCGCAACAGCAGCUGUUACACCAACUGACGAUGCCGGCGAAGCAACUGGUGCAGCCAGCGAGGACAAAACGUCGGAAAGAACCGAUAGCAAGGCGGCUGGCUGGUCGCAUGACGCCAUGCCCGAGAAACAGAUGAAGGUGUGCGAGAUCUGUGGCGCGUUCCUGAUUGUCGGCGAUGCACAGCAGCGGAUCGAGGACCAUUUGAUGGGCAAACAGCAUCUGGGCUACUCCAAACUGCGCAACGCAGUCGCCGAGAUCAACGAGGCGCGACAAAAGGAGCGCGAGCAGGAGGAACGACGUCGGCGGGAGGGCCGAGUGCAGCGCUUCCACUCCUACGACAGCAGGCGAGAGCCACGCAAUGAGUACCGCGAGCGAAGUCGCGACUAUGUUCAGAAUCGCCAGCCCUCGGAUCGACGUCACCAUCACCAUAAGUCGCACCACAACUCCCAUCACUCGUACUCGCGCAGUGGAGGAGGUGGCGGUGGUUUAGGAGUUGGUGGCGGAGGAGGAGGUGGUGGCAGCAGUCGGAGCAACAGGAGCCACCAUAAUCACUACCGCCAUGACAGCCGCGAGCGACAUUGCCGCAGUCGGAGUCGCAGUCGCUACUAGAGACCAAAAAAAAAAAAAAAAAGCGGAAAACAAUAGAAACCAAGUGAAUAGCAAACCAAGAACACAAGUAAAUAAUCCGAAAGUCAGGAGCAGUUCCAGUUCCCAAAGCCCCAUACCGCAAGUGUACAACUAAAUAUGAUCAAGUUCAACACGAACACAAUCUCUCGCCCAUCUGCGAUCUUCAGUCUUCGUCUUAUGUGUUCGCAAAUCCGCAAUUCGCAAUCCGUAAGCACCAGCUGCCGUGGCCACGGGCGGCAGCAUCGAGGUAUCCCAAUAAAAAAAAAAAUCAUUAACACAAUUUCAAAAAAAAAAAAAAUAAUAAUAUGUAUCAGAAAACAGUUAGAUAAAACAGUAUCUGAGCUGGCAGUAACAAUUGAGCUGAGAAGCCGCCAACCGAGGAAUGGAGCCCGAAAGUGUUGAAAACAAUGCGAGGGAUAUAUAUAUAUAUAUAUAGAGAGAGAGAGGAAGAUAUAUAUGGAAGAUAUACAUAAGUCUAUAGAUAAAGAAGAAGAACCAACCAGGUAACUUCUAUGCCACACCUCCCCACAUAAAUGUUUCUUCACGACAGACAUGGCGAAAUCCGAGAUCCGAGAUCCGUGAACCGCACUCCUCGAUCCAUAAUACGCAAUCCGGAAAUCAACGAAGGAUCACUUUUCAGUGAUCACAGAAUGAGAGAGAGACAGAGUGCUAGAGAACGCUGAGAGAGAGAGAGAGAGAGAGAGACACUCGUGUAGAACUGUAUUAGGCAUAAUACAAAACGAGGUGAAUUUCCAUUUCUCUCAACUACUUAUAACUAUAUUAUAUACAUAUAUCUAUAACUAUACCCAUUACUUCCACCCAUCCUUGGAUCAAAAUUAAUAUUGCAUUGAAAUCGCCGGGUUGUCAGUUAACGAAAAAUACUAUGGAGCAAUUUGAACCGUACAUAUAUAUAUAUAUAUAUAUAUGGUCGCUUUAGUUUUGUGUCCGCGUAGGAUAAGCUCCUUCUUUCUUCCCCUUCCCUGCAAGGGACACACCUCUUCCUUGCCAGCAUCCCAGAUCCCACCCACUAACCCAACACUCCACAUUCUUAUUGUUUACCCACAAUCACGUAGCAAAUUAAUCAAUUGAAUUGAGUUAGCAUCGGGCAAACAGAGUUAAGGAACAUUUACGAAGGCAGAUUUAAGUAUAUAGUGUAACCAAUCAAUAAAACUUGAUCGAUCGUCUUUAGUCAUGUAAAGAUGUUUUUAAUUACGAAUUACGAUAUGAGUAAGGAUAAACACAUUCUAUUGAGAGACUCGCAAUAAUUUUCUAAUAAAGAUCAAACUAAAUCCCGAAUAAAACCUCCAA